CUUGCUGUUGCCAGGGUGGCAUGGCGCGUAAGUAAAUUGCUACUCCGGUUAAUGAACCAGUAAUGCAGGAGGCAGCUGCUCUUUGUCAAAUAAAUGGUAACAACAGAAGCUCCUCCUUGGGGUUGUCUGAGGAUUCACUGAGUCAACAGAUGUAGAGUCAGCCUUAGAACAGUACCUUUCUGUAAUGUUCAGUCACAAUUAGCAUCAUGGCAGCCUGCAUAGCUCAUCUUGUACCUCUUUUCUCUUCUUCCAUGGUCAGUCCAUGCUUGUGAGCUACUCUAGUGGUAACUCUCUAGGCUGGCAGGAUGCUUCAAAAAGCUGUACACUUUACAGUUUCAUGCAAAAUGUUGAUAUGUAUAUAUUCAUUUUAUUUGCCUGGAGAAAGUAUCUGGCUCUUUCAAAAAGGCUGUCUCCCCUAAAGGAGUGUAUUAAAACGUGGAGAAGAGUCAAAGGAGAAAAUGGCUGUUGGUUAAAACGCAAAACCAAGAGAGAAGGCCUGGCUGGGGCAGGUGGUCUGGUGUCCCGGAUACACAGAGCAGAUGUAUCGGACGUGUAGAUUGUUGGCACUGUUAAGCCCUCUUCUGUGUGCAUUUACCCAUUUCUCACUUAGUAUUUGCAAAUCCAUUUUAUAGAUAAAAUAGGAGCAACUACCGCUAACUUGAGUUUUGUUUUAUUUUUGGAAGGAAUUUACAGAGAGAACAAACAGUACAUUAGACCUAUAUAAAUCAUUCCCCAUUUCAUGAAUUCAGUUGGUGAUGAAUAAUAACAAAAUUUUGUAUUAAAAAUUUAAGAAGUGUUGGCCUAGACGCCCGGAGCCAGCGCAGUGAGGACCAUGUUGCUUCCGAACAUCCUGCUCACGGGUACACCAGGGGUUGGAAAAACCACACUAGGCAAAGAACUUGAAUCAAGAUCAGGACUGAAAUACAUUAAUGUGGGUGAUUUAACUCGAGAAGGGCAGUUAUAUGAUGGCUAUGAUGAAGAGUAUGAAUGCCCCAUUUUAGAUGAAGACAGAGUAGUUGAUGAAUUAGAAAACCAAAUGAGCAAAGGUGGAGUUAUUGUUGAUUACCAUGGUUGUGAUUUCUUUCCUGAACGCUGGUUUCAUAUAGUUUUUGUGCUGCAAGCAGAUAACAGUGUAUUGUACAAAAGACUUGAAACAAGGGGUUAUAAUGAAAAGAAACUAAAAGACAAUAUUCAGUGUGAAAUUUUUCAAGUUCUUUAUGAAGAAGCAUUAGCAUCCUACAAGGAAGAAAUAGUACAUCAACUAACCAGCAAUAAACCAGAAGAUCUAGAGGAUAAUAUCAAUCAGAUAUUGAAGUGGAUUAAGGAUCAUAGCUCCUGACUUACAAGACUGGCCACUUUACAACCACUCUUUAUUAUAUCCCUGCCAUAAUGAAUAAAUUGUCCAAUUGUCAGUAAAACUUUCUUAUUAAGAUUGUGCUGCAGGACUAGUAGAUGGAUAAUCUAAAGGUUUAUAUUUGGGCUUUUUUUCUCCACGAGAAAGCAAAACAUUCUCAAGUAUAGUAUAUACAAUAUUAUUAAGGAUUUAGAGUAAAAACUGUCAUCUUAAAUGCUUCAACUGCUGAAGAAUAAAUAAAUCUGACCAAAUGGGUGGCUAUCUUCUAAGCUGGUUACAAAAGAAAAUGAAGAUGCUCCCUUAAAAUAAAACUUAAGACUAAGGAUAAAAAAAAAAAAAAUUUCAGAAGUGUUAUUACCUAAAACUUAGCAAAGUAGUGUGAUGGAGUGGAAAGAGCCCAGUCUUUGGAGUAAGAAGCCCCCCUAGGUGGCUUAGCUCCCAGCUGUGUCUUUACUGUUGUAUGACAGAUGGCCAGCGACCCCACCCUCUGUUCCUUGGAAGUCACAUCUGCUUUGCAAACUUGUGAGGACGCAAAGCUAAAUUCUUGGCAGGGUCCACGGCUCAGGAAGCCCUUGAUGCUUGUCAACAUUUAUUGUACACUGAUGGCAUCCCAUGCACAUGAGGACACCAGAGUAAACGGUCUUCCGACUUCUUGGAAUGUGCAGUGAGGCUGUUUCUCCCCAGUUAAAUCUUACUCUAGUAUGUAGAGCAGAUGAAAGUUGAGAGGCCAGAACUAUCCCACUCAUCCCCCACAGGCCUCCAGGGACUGGGGCUUGAUGACAGCUGUGCCGGGUGAUUGCUAAGCUCCAUUUGGGUUCUUACAUUAAACAAAUCAAUGAGUCUUUUCGAGUUGCCUCAGUCAGUUUGUACUGGGACAAGAGUUUUCAGUUUUAACUUGAGUUUAUGUGUGGUUUACUGAAGGAUGUUUUGAGGGAGAAGCAGAUUAACUUGGUUCAUCAUCAUCUAACGUUUCUUGGCUAAGUAUUCCAGGUAUGGUUACACUUAGAAAUUUCACACUGGUUAUUUGUCUUAUGACUCUGUCUUACUUCCUAUUGAAGCCAUAUAGAUUUACUAUAACAGGAAAGAAGUACAGAUAACAAGAAAGUUUAAAGAUUGGUGUUACUAAUAACACAUUCUGUGCAUAGACCGAUGAUGUUCUGGAGCAUUCACUGAUUAUCUUAUGCCUUAUGGGACUAAGUGGACUACGUUUGCUUCAGAGCUAGAUAAAACUGGCCACUGAAAAAAAUAACUACCAGUAUCUAGUCCCAGUGAAUAAUAGCUUUGAGUGGUUUGUUUUUUGUUUUGGGGUUUUUUUGGGGGGGGGUGUUUGAUUCCUCAAGCAGCAUGGCGCUUGAGUUAUACUGUAGAAGGAAGCGGAUCUUUUUGCAAUUGGUUUAAUAACUGAGUGUGAGUUUUAAAAAUAUCUUUAUUGUUUUUGGAAGAAAUUGUUGCUUCCACCCAUGUGUAUGGGUUGUGGAUGGGUGUGUAUUCUGUGCUAUGCUACAUUAAUAAGAGGAAGGGCUGCUGGUGGGUGAGAGCUGCUUCUGUCUUAAUGCCUUUCGAGUUGUAAAUGUUAAUGAAGUCUUGUUUAA